CCUGCAGCUUUCCUCUCCUAAGUGUGAUUGGCUUGCCGUGGCCCCAGAACCCUAAAAGUUCAGGAUACUAAAUCUGGAGGCCUGUGAGAGGCGGGGGGCGGGACCUGGCUGCCCCGUUUAAAGUGUGUCAGAAUCUUCACUUGACGUCUAGUCUCUCUGUCGGGGUGCACACGGAUUGACCACUCCUUUUGGCCUCUCUCUUUUCCUUGGAUAUUUGGGGGGGAAAAGCUAAUCCACAAACAUGACUGACGCUCAACAAGAGGCCCGCUCCUACCUGAGCGAGGAAAUGCUGGCUGAAUUCAAAGCCGCCUUCGACAUGUUCGACACCGACGGUGGCGGUGAUAUCAGCACCAAGGAGUUGGGUCAGGUGAUGAGGAUGCUGGGCCAGAACCCGACAAGAGAGGAGUUGGAUGAGAUCAUCGAGGAGGUCGAUGAGGACGGUAGCGGUACCAUCGACUUCGAGGAGUUCUUGGUCAUGAUGGUGAGACUGCUAAAGGAGGACCAGGCCGGAAAGAGCGAGGAAGAGUUGGCAGAGUGUUUCCGUGUAUUUGACAAGAACGGCGACGGCUACAUCGACAGAGAGGAGUUCGCCCUCAUCAUCCGCAGCACCGGCGAGCAGAUCUCAGAGGAGGAGGUGGAUGAGCUGUUGAAGGACGGAGACAAGAACGCCGACGGCAUGCUGGACUUUGACGAAUUCCUCAAGAUGAUGGAGAAUGUGCAGUAAAACCAGAAAGACUUAUGGACAUUCCUCCUCCUCCCUGUGAACCCCCAUUCUGAUUGCAUCUGACCCCCAUAAUAACCCACUCAAACACCCCCCACACCCCCUAUCCCCACCACACAAUCCUUCUCCUCCCACCUCGCCACCUGGUUCACUGCCUCGCUUCUCCAUCCUUAGACAUCCUCAACAGACAGCUAGGGCACCCGGUGGGUGUCGCUGGGGGGGGCUACACUCUUCCCUAGCUUGCUUGUGAAUGCAAACAGCCCAUGGAUGCUACGCUGACGCUGUACCCCGUAACAGGAUGGCAAGGCUGCAGUGGGGAAAUUCACUGCA